UGUAGUUGCAGUCUAGUUCGUUACGUUCGAAGUCUCUGCCUUUUGAGAUUUGAAACCUAAACACAGACUCCUUCAUCCUUAACUUCUAACACCCGACUGCUUAUCUCAUUAUUCUAUUUUAUUAUUUUAUAAAUCCUGUAUUUAAUUUAAAUUUGUUUUUAUUUUCUCUGCGGCCUUCGUCAAAUUGUUCAAAUAUUCCAAGAUGAAAGUUGGGUUUUCAAAUUGUGCUGCUGUUUUGCUGCUGACAUUUUUGGUGAGCCUACAAGCAGUUUUUGGGAUCAGAUUUGUGAUUGACAGAGAAGAGUGCUUCUCUCAUAAUGUUCAAUAUGAAGGAGAUACCGUCCACAUCUCUUUUGUUGUAAUUAAGGUGGAUGCAUCUUGGCAUUAUACUCAAGACGGUGUUGACCUCGUGGUGAAGGGACCUUCUGGUGAGCAGAUUCACGAUUUUCGUGACAAGACAAGUGAGAAGUUUGAUUUUGUCACUCGUCACAAAGGAGUCCAUCAGUUCUGCUUCACCAACAAGUCACCUUAUCAUGAAACCAUAGACUUCGAUAUACACGUUAGCCAUUUUACGUACUAUGAUCAACAUGCAAAAGAUGAGCAUUUUAACCCAUUGUUAGAGCAGGUAUCAAAGUUAGAGGAAGCUCUUUACAACAUUCAGUUUGAGCAGCAUUGGCUCGAGGCUCAGACCGAACGCCAGGCAAUAGUAAACGAAGCAAUGAGCCGGAGGGCAAUCCACAAGGCCUUCUUUGAAUCAGCAGCACUUGUUGGUGCCAGCGCUCUCCAAGUUUACCUUCUUCGCCGCCUCUUUGAACGAAAGCUUGGGGUGACCAGAGUCUGAACUUGUCUCAGCCAGAGAUAUUACCAAUAGAAGAGCUUUACACUUAACUGUUAUUCCCCCAAGCUUCUGUUUUUUUAAUUUCUAUUUUAUCCCGCAGGAAUAAAUCAUGUAUAGAAAACCAUCACUUUGGAAGCUCUAAGCCAUCUCAUUGUUUCUUGUGGAAUCCCUUCGAGUCUCAAAAUUCUUUUCUUCUUUUUGGGGGCUAGGGGGAAAUUCUUUGAAUA